ACUUCUAAGCAUUGUAAACAAUCGUCUUUUGGCUUAGCCAAGAGCUAAGGUUACAUCACGAUUAUAUUAUUUACAGAUCUGUGCAUUUGCGCAGGCUUUCGACAGUUCAAUCGAUUCAUUUUGUGGCUGAAGAGUAAAAAAAAAAUGGCGAUGGACGGUGGCAUGUCCACGUCUCCAUCAGGACUAUCGUAUCACAAUGUUGGGGACUUUUACCCCAGAAAAUUCGGUUCCAAGCCGGACGUGGUGCCGUCCGGGGUGACCGAGAGGAAAGUUGGUCCCCUUGAUAAACCUGACAUGGUGGCGGUGGACGUUGUCAACAUCAACGACUCAGAUAUCCCAAUCCACAGAAAAAAGCAAGAAACUGACACGUAUUUGCUGGGCACUAUACACCCAUUCCGGAAGACGCACAGAUCCUUCUUUGGGAAACUCUCUCAAGAAUUCCGCUUGGUUACUUCAGACAGACGGUCAUGGAGAAUCCUGGUGUUCGGGAUGCUGAAUGUUCUUUGUACUGGCUGCCUGCUGAUGUGGUGCAGCUCCACCAACAGUAUGGCCUUAACUGCAUUCACGUACCUCACCAUCUUCGAUCUCUUCAGUCUGAUCACCUGUUUGCUGAGCUCUUGGGUGGCAAUGAAGAAGCCUAGUCAGCUCUUCUCUUUUGGGUUUGAGCGGCUGGAAGUCCUAGCUGUGUUUUCCUCCACGGUGCUGGUGCAGCUGGGAGCUCUGUUCAUCCUGAAGGAGAGUCUGGAGAGAUUCGUGGAGCAGCCGGAGGUGCACACGGGUCGUCUGUUGGUGGGGACCUUUGUAGCGCUGUUCUUCAACCUGUUAACUCUGCUCUCUGUGAAGAACAAGCCCUUUGUCUAUGUCUCAGAAGCUGCCAGCACCAGUUGGCUCCAGGAGCAUGUCGCAGACCUGAGUCGAAGCCUGUGUGGGAUUAUCCCUGGUCUCAGCAGUGUCCUUCUGCCUCGUAUGAAUCCCUUUGUCUUAAUCAACGUGGCCGGAGCUCUCUCACUCUGCAUCACCUACAUGCUCAUUGAGAUCAAUAAUUACAAUGCCGUGGACACCGUUUCGGCGGUGGCCAUCGGCCUCAUGAUCUUUGGCACCAUGUAUCCUAUGAGUGUGUACAGCGGGAAGGUGCUCCUUCAGACCACUCCCUCCCAUGUCAUCGGUCAGCUUGACAAACUGCUCAGAGAGGUCUCCACUCUGGAUGGGGUCCUGGAGGUCCGUAACGAACACUUCUGGACGGUGGGCUUUGGCUCUCUGGCUGGCUCUGUCCAUGUUCGAAUACGCCGGGAUGCCAAUGAGCAGAUGGUGCUGGCCCAUGUGACCAACCGCCUCUUCCCCCUCGUGUCCACGCUGACGGUUCAGAUUUUCAAGGAUGACUGGAUCCGGCCUUCCCUCAUGGCCGGAGUGCUCCCAGCCGGCACACUCAGUCCCUCUGACCACGGGGGCCUGUCUAGCUUUGUCCCCCCUUCCCCCAAAUCCUCUGAGGACAUGGACCGGCUCACCUCCACCCCAUCCAAACUCAGCAGCCCACCGCCAGAGUUCUCCUUCAACACCCCAGGGAGGCAUGUCCAGCCCAUGGUGCUUCCCAGCACCCAGCCCCAGAGGCCCUACAGCAUGGGCCUCAACUACGGAGCCUCCCCCUACACCAACAUGCUCAAUCAAAACCUAGCCCGGCCAGGGAGUGAGCUGGGGAUGGGUAUGAACCUGGGAAUGGGUGUAGGGAUGCCUUCAUCACAACAAGGUUUCAGAACUGCCUUAGGCGCAGCGCCACAGCGAUUUGGAAUCAACCCUCUCCCAUCACAGUACAGCCAGUACAGACCCUGAUGUUUAGAACAAAAGGUAUAGAAGUGGGAUAUUCAGAGAGAGAAUAUAUUAUGGUAUUUAUUUUGAUGGGACCAGGACAUACAUUCUGACCUUUGGUGGAUUUUCUAUAUUUUUUUGUACUAUUCUUCAAAAAGCAAAUGAGUUUGAAAUUAACUGUAGGCAUGUGUUCUGUAUAUGAUAUGCCAGUUAACAUUUUUCUUCUGAUUGAGAAUCGUGGAAGAGCUCUAUGGCUUUUGUGUGCUUUAAACCAUUCAUUGACUUUCGUACUCAUAGGACUUGAAUGUUUGAUUACAUUAACUAUUAUUCCCUUGGUAAAUGGUCAUCAAAAGAUGGUCAGCUCAGCCGUUCCUACCUGCAGUAAUAUUUGUAGGUAGAAAACGGUGAACUAAUGCAGGGUCAAUACAUAAUGGGGUAAUUAGACUUAUGUUUUGCCCCAUAACUGCUGCAUUAAAGGCAUCACUUUGUUAAACUAAUGUUUCUUAAUGCCAACCUCAUUGUGAAGGAGCGAUCUGUAUGUAUUUUCACCUUUAAUGGAAAACAAAAACUGUAAUUUUCCGUUUCAGUAUAGUCUGCAAUAAAUUAAAUGCAAAUGUA